CUCGCCUCGUCCAACACCUCCACACCCUCGCCCGCGCCGCCUGCCGUCUUCGCCUCGCUGCAGAUCCGACGACUGCCCCGCUCUGCGCUCUCUCCUGCGCCAGUGGCAGCGGACGUUGAAGCAGCGAGUGGGCGCGGCCUCGCUCUCAGGCGCUCUCGCCCCACUCCUCUGACGCUCGGCGGAGCGGCGCCGCUGACCGCGCCACCCACACUCUGGCACGAUGAAUCUGCCACGACACACGCUCUCAUCGUCCGUCGCUUCGCCAGCGUUUGUCUCCGCUCACUUCUGCGCCGCCGAGACGUCAAGGCAGGGCGCUAUCAGCGCGGCUGCGGCACCUCCACUUGGCAGAGCAGCGGUCGCGCUCGGCCCCCGAGAGCCAGCCCAAGCUGCGGAGCCGGAUAGCCAUGCGGCUGGACGGGACGGCGAUGUAGAGGGCGCGUCGAACCUCUUCGCCUGCGCCACAAGCUCGGGCUUCUUCGUGGCGCAGGCGGCACCGCUAAAGAUCGUAGCUCGCCGAGACUUCCCGGCUGCUCACGGCGGGCUCAGCCAUGCAGCAGCUGUCGAUGACAGCUCGCUGCUGGUCCUGGUCGGUGGAGGGCGAGUGCCGCGCUUUGCGCCGAAUAAGGUCGUGCUUUGGGACGAGGCCGCCGAGGUGGUCUCCUCGAGGAAGCCGCCAGAACCAGCACAGACUGCGUACGCCUCGUCUUCGACUCAGGCCUCUACGGUCUUCUCUGCCGGCUCAGGCAUCGACCGCGAGAGCCUGUCCGGUCGCGUAGAUGCCAGCCAGCAUGCAGCACCGCAGCGCGACGGCCACGGCAAGACUGCGGAUCGGCUGACGGAAGCGGAGAGGCGCAUACAAGACUGGCGCAGUACGGCGGACAGCAGGCGAUCUUCGGCCAAGGGCAAGGCGCGCGCAGUCGACCCAGACGAGCUCGAGAACGACGACAGCCGCACAAGUGCAUCGGUUGCGAGCCCGACAGCCUCGCUCGCGUCCUCGAGGCUGUCAGUAGCCUCAUCCGCCAGCGCGCACGAGCUGUCCCAGUCGCUCUUCGACAGAGACGCCUUUGCGUAUGAGGACGAUCGGGACGAGCGCUCCAUAGCUGCGAGCUCAGCGGGCCUCGACGACCCUUUCGCCGUCACGCCUCCACGACAGCAGUCGCCUGCUGCGGCUCGCACGCCUCGUGACGAAGCUGCGCCUGCCGCUCGCUCGGGUUUUGAGCCGCAGGCAUCUUCUGCGCAGUCGCCGCGAGCGCGCAACUCGCGUCCACCACUCAGCCCAGUCGACAAUGUCGUGCGCACCGAGCGUCAGGACGCCGCGAGCACAGCAGAGCGGCCUGCUGCAGUGGCGAGACGAGGAAGAGAGGUGGCCGAGCUGGAGUUCGCCGAGGCGGUCAGCGGCAUUUGCGUGCGCUCGUUCAACCUUCAAGCGCAAGCGACGGAGAAUGAGGCGGCGACGCGAGCUUCGAGCGAUGCUCGCCGUAAGCCGAACUUUGCCGACGGCGCUGCUUCGCGCGACCGGGCUCGAGUGGACAAGGCUGUGAUACUGGCUGUGCUCCUCCGGAAGCGAGCAGUGAUCUUCGAGCUGGUGCCCGGUACUGAAGCCGGUGCCUCGCUCGAGAUCCGUCAGCGCGCGUCGACGGAGAUCAGCGAGCAGGGCACGGCAGGCUUGGCGGCACUCGCGCCCUUUCCUGGUCGCAGCUCAGCGCUCUUGGCCUUGCCCGGACGACAAGCAGGCCACGUGCAGCUCCUGCGCAUCCCACUACAGUCGUCGCGCUCAUCUGCAGCUGGAGCCACGAGCAUUCUUGCAGCGCACAGUGCACCUCUAGCCGCGCUCUGCCUCUCGCCAUGCGGUACAUUGCUAGCGACGGCCUCGAAGCGCGGAACACUAGUGCGCAUCUGGUCUACC